AUGCCCGUAAAUUCACCGAAUGUCUCAAAUAAUUUAUUAUCCUCUGCAUAUCAACUGCUUCCGAAACAUGGGUGGAAAAGCAGCUUGGCCGUAGCUUUUUCACAAAGUAACUUGAAACUUUCACCCAGUUGCCUUUCGGGGUUAUAUCCGCAGGGUCAAGAUAUUGCUCUUGUCAAUCAUGUUAGAAAUCAUCUCUGCAAUGUCUAUUCAAUGCAAAGAAUGAGGUCGCCCACUUUGAAAGAAAUGAACUUAAUAAUGAACAUUGAUUAUGUCGAUCAGGGGAUUAAAGAUAAACUUGCCGUGCUUAUUUCCGGAAUUUACGCCAGAGCCGAAUUUAUUUCUAAGCACUCUUCUCUGUGGCCGGAAGCCCUUUCUAUCCUCAUGAAAUCUUCCACAAUAGAUAUACUGGUCAAAGAUCCUCUUGAUACGGCAGAUGCUUUGCUAUGCCAAUGUGACCUGCAAUUUUCGGAUUUGGAAUGGUAUUCGUUUCGGGCCCUGCUUUCCAAAAUCCUGUUGUCGACUGAGAUCAUGAUAUGUUCCUCUCCUGAUAUGCACGAACGGGAUGUGGAAGAUCUGAAAAUUUACAUCACCAAUAGAUUCAAAAGCUACUACCUGUCAAGGAAUUCCCUCUCAAAGGUAGGAUUUGUAUUGUUGUUACCGUAG